AUGUCCUCUGCCAAGCUCCUCGUCGUGCUCGGUGCCACCGGCAACCAGGGCGGAUCCGUCAUCAAGAGCUUCCUCGCAGACCCUACCUGGCGAAUCCGCGGUCUAACCCGGAAUACUUCCAGUGCGAAAGCCCAAUCGCUCCAAGAACAAGGUGUUGAAAUCCUGCAGGCAGAUCUAGACGACACCGCCUCUCUCGAAGCAGCGUUCCAGGGAGCAACGGCCAUCUUCAGCGUGACUGAUUUCUGGAACGCAUUCGCGACAAUUGCCCAGAAUAGCGAGAUUGAGGAUCAGUCGAAGACCAGACGGGCGUACGAGUAUGAGCUGCAGCAGGGAAAGAACGUUUUCGAUGCUGCGGCUAAGAUAGACACGCUGGAGAGGCUCGUUUUCUCUAGUCUCUCUGAUGCGUCGAAGUGGUCGAAGGGUAAGUAUACACAGGUGUUGCACUUCGAUGCCAAGGCUCAUGCAGUCGAUUAUGGAAGGGAGACGUAUCCGGAGCUCUGGGAGAAGACUAGUGUUGUUCAGGUUGGGUGGUAUUUGUCGAAUUUUCUUGGCCCGUUCUUGAAGCCGAAGAAGGCUGAGAAUGGAGUCUAUCAGUUUGUUGGCGGGUUGAAGGGCGACGUUAAACUUCCUAUUGCGGCUCCUGAAGAGGAUACUGGCCCAGCUGUGAAGGCUCUUGUUGCGUGCCCACCGGGGAAGAAUCUGAUUGCUUAUCGGGAGUGGAUGACGCCGGAGGAGGUCGUUCGUACCUGGAGUCGUGUGCUUGGAGUUCCUGCUGAGUGGGUUACUCUGCCGGAAGGGAAAUCUAUCCAGGGUGUGCCGGACAUCUUGGAGAGGGAAUUCAUCGAGAAUUGGGGAUACUGGAAUGAGUUUGGCUAUGAGGGUCGUGAUGACCCUUCUGUCGUUCAUCCAAAGCAGCUUGAGGUUGGCUUCGAAGUUCCUACUGUUGAGGAUUGGAUUAGGAAGCAAGACUGGUCGGAAAUAUUGUAG